GGGCGGGGAGGGCGGGCCGUGCUCUCCCGUUCCUUUGGGAUGCCGGGCAGGACCGGCUCCCUCGGGCUCAGCUCACCCGGGGAAGGAGCUCCAGGUGCUGCACGAGGCACUCGGGGGCCCUGGAGGGGCUGUGGGGAGGUUUUUUGGACGGGACACCCUCAGGAGGUGGCACCCCGGGCACCCCAAACUCCAGCGCGGGUCAGGGGCUUGGCCGGGAAGGGCCCUGAAUCCCUCCCCAGGGUGCCGAGGGGGUGAUUGAGGGCUGGGGGUGUUUCCUGGGCUUGCAGUGGUCGGGAAAAGCAUCCUCACGUCUUUCCUGCGUCCUCCAUCCCAGCAGGGUCCGCGGGGAAUCCCGGCCGGGUGUGCGCAGGGAGGAACAGAGCGGCGAGCCCGGCUCUGGGAGGGAAUCGCAAUCACACGGCCCGUUCCGGGCCCGGGGCCGCCGGAGAAGAGCGGGGCAGGAGCGGGGCCGGGCCGGGAGCGGGGCCGGGCCGGGAGCGGGGCCGGGCCGGGAGCGGGGCCGGGCCGUGCCAGCGCCCGGCGUGUGGCAACAAGCUCCGAGUGAAACUCAGCGCAAGGCGCAGCUCAGAUCGCUAUCGGGGCUCUGCGCUGCCGCGCGGCCAGCCCGGAGCAACCUCAAACCUACGAACGCUCAAACUCCUCAUCUGCAGCUGGAGAGAUGUCCCGGUGGGAUGGGGAAGGGCGGCCCCGGGCCGGAGGUGGCCGGACGGGGUCUCCCCUCGCUCCUCCCACCCCGUUUGGGGGUGUUUGAGGGGUCCAGGGGGGUCGCACCGUGGCGAGGCUUGACUGUGCCCCGCUUUUUGGGACGGCCCCUCCCGCGGCGCCGGGGAGAGGUGCGGAGCCUCUGCCUCGGUUUCCCCACCUGUGGGAAUAAAUACCUGCCCGUCAAGCCCUCGCAAUUACUGCCGAGUUAAUCACCACAUUAAAACCGGCAGUGAUAUGGCUUUUUCGGGGGGAGGAACCCAUUCUGACGAGCGGCCUCAGCCCGUGGCCCAUUUCUCGGGGGAAGAGCCGAGCGCUGCCGUGUGCCCGAGCCCCCCGAAGGGCAGCGCAGCCCCUGCCGCCCUUCCCAGCGCUCUCAGCAGCGGGACGGGCGUUUCCUGGGUGCCGGGAUGGGCGUCGGCUCUGGGGAGCGCCUCGGGGCAUCCCGGGGUGCCGCACCCACGGGGAGGGCAGGGCGUUGGCCGCCCCCCUCGCCCCCUCCCCAGCCCCGCCGCCCGCGGGCGAUGAUUCACCGCCAGUUUCCUUUUAAGGCCGCGCUCGGCGGGGAGGAAGCAGAGGAGGAGGAGGAGGAGGAGGACACUCCUUGGACCUGGCUGGCUCCUCCUGCUCUCGCUCGAGGCUCCGACGCCCAGCCAAAAGCGAAUCCCGGCGGCGGCGCUCGGCAGAGGCUCCCACGGCUCCCGGCCCCGCUGCUCGCCCAAGCGUCCGCCCCGCGCCCCAGCCAUGGCAAGGAACCAGCAAGUGCAGAAGGCCAAGCUGGCCGAGCAGGCCGAGCGCUACGAGGACAUGGCAGACUUCAUGAAGGCGGUGGUGGAGCACGGGGACGAGCUGUCCAACGAGGAGCGCAACCUGCUCUCGGUGGCCUACAAGAACGUGGUGGGCUGCCAGCGCUCGGCCUGGAGGGUCAUCUCCAGCAUCGAGCACAAGACCGAGGAGGGCGACGACAAAGCGCAGGUGGUGAACGAGUACCGGGAGAAGGUGGAGCAGGAGCUGAACGCCGUCUGCAACAACGUCCUGGGCUUGCUGGACAAGUAUCUCAUCAAGAAGGACAGCGACACCGAGAGCAAGGUCUUCUACCUGAAGAUGAAGGGUGACUACUUCCGAUACCUGGCCGAGGUGGCCAGCGGGGACGACCGCCUGUCGACGAUAGAGAAGGCGCAGGAGGCCUACCAAGAGGCCAUGGACAUCAGCAAAAAGGAGAUGCAGCCCACGAACCCCAUCCGCCUGGGGCUGGCCCUCAACUUCUCCGUGUUCCACUACGAGAUCGCCAACGCCCCCGAGCAGGCCAUCUCCCUGGCCAAGACCACCUUCGACGAGGCCAUGGGCGACCUGCACACGCUCAGCGAAGACUCCUACAAGGACAGCACCCUCAUCAUGCAGCUGCUCAGGGACAACCUCACGCUAUGGACAGCUGAGUGCGCCGGCGAAGACGGAGGCGAGGCUGGCGAAGAGCCCAAGAACUGAACGUCCCCUGCCGAGCCGGGGACCGGCCCCACCUGCCCCGCUCCAGACCCUUCGGCAUCUCUUCCUGGUUUUUUUUUUGGCUGUUCUUUUUUUUUUUUCCCCUUUUUUUCUUUUUUUUCUCUUUUUUCUUUUUGUUUUGGUUUUUUUUUUUUUGUUUUUGGUUUUUUUUUUUGGUUGUUUUUGGGGGGGAGAAGUCUCAGCUCCUCCCCAGCCUGGAUACCGGGAAUGGGGGUGGUUUUGGCAGGGUCUUCCCUCCCUCUCCCCCAUCCUCUCCUCUGGGGAGUGGGAAAAGAGGGAGAGGGGGUGCCUCCGUCCUGGAGAGCUGCCAGACCCCAGCUAUUUAACAUUUUUUGUGGGGGGUGUCCAGUCUGGCUUGUGCCAGCUCCAACCCCCUGUCCCGGAGGGCUGGAGCAGCCACAGGAGGAGGUGAGGGGCUGGGCCGGGGCGCGGGGGGUCCGGGCAGCCCCCCCAUCCUGGAGGGGUCGCGUGUUGCCGAAGCCUCUGUGCAUCUCCAAUAAACCUUCUCCUGCACCUCUGCUCUCGUCUGCCUCGUCUCUCCCUGUGCAGGGUCCGGGUAGCUCCGGGGGCCUCCCCUCCCAUCCCGGGGGGCAGCGGGGUCCCCCAGCACCGGCCGCUCUCGGUGCCCCCCAGCAGGGCCCUGGGGUGACCUGUGGCCCUGGAAGGGCUCAGGGCUCUGUGCAUCCCUUUGGGCAGCCCCAGUCAGGGCUGGCUGCCCCGUGAGGUGCUCAAAGGUCCCCUCUGACCCCACCCCCCCAUACAA